AUGGGUGAAUCUGACUAUACUUACUGUUGGGACACCUUCAUCCAAGGAGAUGUUGAUGAUGAUUCCUGGACUGUGGGUUUUGAACCAGAGAUAACUAACAAUCGUUGGAAGCUCCAGUACAUCCUCGAGGCCAAGCCAUCAGUUUCUUGCUCCAUUACCUGGGUCCUGUCUACAACACCCUGCGGGGAAUGUUCCAGAAGAAUUCUGGAUUUCCUGAGUGUAUAUCCCAAUGUGACCUUGAAAAUAUACGCAGCCAAGCUGUUCAAGCACCUGGAUAACCGUAACCGGCAAGGUCUCUGGAACCUGGCAAAUAACAGAGUCAUUAUACGUAUCAUGAACCUUGAAGGUAACCCAACUACUCCUUGUUUUUGA